AUGGCACAAGUAUCCGUCCCUCCACCAGCCCCACAUGCACACCUCGCAGGCCCCGUCCAAUCAACCCCGCCCUCCGGCCCACAGCAGCAACCCACAGGCCCAACCUGCAAAGUCUGCCGCGAACUCAUCACAGGCUCGCACAUCAACGCGAACGAUAGUCGCUAUCACAAUGCCUGUUUUGUGUGCCAUCAAUGCCUGGAGCCCUUUCCCGAGAACAUCUUCUUCGAGACGGAGGGCAGGUUCUAUUGUGAGUUUGACUAUACCGUGCUGCAUGGAGCCCGCUGCGGCCGCUGCGGCGAAAUCAUCCGUGGUAAAUGCAUAACGGCCAUGGACAUGAAAUGGCACCCGGAUCACUUCACCUGCGUGACGUGCGGCAAAUCCCUCGCUGGGUCCACCUUUGUCAAGAAAAAGUCCAAACCCUACUGCAAGCCCUGCGUCGAGCGGCUCAAAGUCAAGGAAAAGGCCGUGGAGCUGUGCGACAGAUGCAAGAAACCCGUCAACGAAGCGCUGAACGAGAGCUUGAUUGUGAUCAACAAUAAGAAGUUUCAUGCCCAUCAUUUCAAUUGUAGUCUGUGUAAGCUGGUGCUGGGGCAGGAUGCGAAGAUGUAUGAGGGGAAAUUGUACUGCGCGAUCUGUUUGGACAAGAUGACGUUGAGGAUUUGCCAGGCUUGUCGGAGGCCGAUUGUGGGGAGGAGUGUUACGGCACUCUCUAAGUAUUUCCAUCCUGAGCACUUUGUAUGCGCGAAAUGCGAAAAACCCUUCAACGCCUCCCAAUACUGGGACUACAAGGGCAAACCCUACUGCGAAGGGCACUACCACGAACUCAUGGGUGACGUCUGCGCAAUGUGCCAUGAACCUGCUAUAGGCAAGACAAUAACAGCAAUGGGUCGCAAAUUCUGCCAAACACACUUCAAUUGCAUCGGCUGCCACCUCCCGCUCAUGACGUCCAAGCACGGGUUCAUCGACUGGGACUACAAGCCGAUGUGCAGGAGGUGCUUUGACGUGCUGCCGGCAGAGCUGAGGAGGAAGAUGGGGAAGAUGCAGGAGAGGGAGAAGAAAGUUUUGGAGAGGGAGAAGGCGUUGGCGGGUGCGGGUGUGGGGAAGUGA